GGAAGGGUCGGCGGUGGGGAAGAUGGCGGCGACUCCGGGUGCUUCUGGGUGGUGGCAGCGGUGGGGACGUCGCUUGUCGGCUCGGGAUGGGUCCAAGAUGUUGCUCCUGCUCCUUUUGUUGGGGUCUGGGCAGGGGCCACGGCAAGUCGGGGCGGGUCAGACGUUCGAGUACUUGAAACGGGAGCAUUCGCUGUCGAAGCCCUACCAGGGUGUGGGCACGGGCAGCUCGUCGCUGUGGAAUCUGAUGGGCAAUGCCAUGGUGAUGACCCAGUAUAUCCGACUUACUCCAGACAUGCAGAGUAAACAGGGUGCCCUGUGGAACCGGGUGCCAUGUUUCCUGAGAGACUGGGAGUUGCAGGUGCACUUCAGGAUCCACGGGCAAGGGAAGAAGAACCUGCACGGGGAUGGCUUGGCGAUCUGGUACACAAAGGAGCGGAUGCAGCCAGGGCCUGUGUUUGGAAACAUGGACAAAUUUGUGGGGCUGGGAGUAUUUGUAGACACCUACCCCAAUGAGGAGAAGCAGCAAGAGCGGGUGUUCCCCUAUAUCUCAGCCAUGGUGAACAACGGCUCCCUCAGCUAUGAUCACGAGCGGGACGGGAGACCUACGGAGUUGGGGGGCUGUACAGCCAUUGUCCGCAACCUCCAUUACGACACCUUCCUUGUGAUUCGCUAUGUCAAGAGGCAUUUGACGAUAAUGAUGGACAUCGACGGCAAGCAUGAGUGGAGGGAUUGCAUCGAGGUGCCUGGGGUCCGUCUACCCCGGGGCUACUACUUCGGCACCUCCUCCAUCACUGGGGAUCUCUCGGAUAAUCACGACGUCAUUUCCCUGAAGCUGUUUGAGCUGACAGUGGAGAGGACCCCAGAAGAGGAGAAGCUGCAUCGGGAUGUGUUCUUACCCUCGGUGGACAACAUGAGGCCGCCCGAGAUGACGGCCCCACUGCCACCCCUGAGUGGCCUGGCCCUCUUCCUUAUUGUCUUUUUCUCCUUGGUGUUUUCUGUGUUUGCCGUUGUCAUUGGUAUCAUACUCUACAACAAAUGGCAGGAACAGAGUCGAAAGCGCUUCUACUGAGCCCCCGUGUUGCACUGCCUCUUUGUCCCCUGUGCGGUGUCCAGGGGCAGGCGCUGGCCUGAGGAUGCAGCCUGGCGGGUCUUCUCCAGUCUCCAGCAGCUGGUUGGGGACUGUGUUCUGUCACUGGAGCUUUGAAUGCAGGGACACCCACGGGGCCCUCUGACUGGUUCAGGGCCCCCGCUGCCCCAGGGCAGUGCUCCUGUGCUGUGCCUUUCCCUGUGGUCCUUCCAGCUGUGAUGCCAAAGUCACAGAAAAGAAUUUCAUAGCCCAGGCUGCCUGUUGCUGGACUCAAGAGGACCCUUGUACUUUCUUUUUAAACCCUCAAAGUAUAGAAAACUGACAGUUCUUCAUACCUCCCAGCCAUCCAUCCAUCGGUUUUUGCCCGAGCCUCUGUCCGCCUGAGGAGCUUCCCUUGGAAAUGCAGAUGGAAACGUCUUCCCUGCCUUGCCUUCCUCUCUCCCUUCCAUUCGUUGUCCUCUCUGAGUGCAACCUGAGCUGGAAAAGACAUUUGGAUGCCUCUUGGCUGAGGGUGGGGCUCCGGAGCAAACUUGCGUUCACUGACCUUCGUUUUCUUCAGUGGCCGAGAGAGAGGACGCUAUCUGCUCUGGCUCGCUGCUGCAGCCCUUGUUCUCUCGUGAGCCUUGGGUCUGUUGCUGUGUCCGUGAGCAUCCUGAUCAGGUCCCUGCAGGCCCUCAGUCGAGCUGAUGGUUGGCGUGCGCGGCAAGUACAGCUUGGAAGACUUCAUGGCCGUCACAAGAUUAACUGUGAAGCUGACUAGCUCGGGGUGUGACAGUGAAGCAGCGUUUGUCCUGUGCUCUGACGGCCAUAUGGAGAUGUUUCGGAACUCUCUGGAGCCUGCUUAGCUGCAUGUUUUGUGCUUACCAUGAUUUUUGGAACCCCACUUUGAGUGUGAAAAAUACAAGGAAGCUUUCUUCUCACAGCCUGGACUUGGAUACUCCCCAAAGAAGAAAUUUGGCUUCUUUCCUUAGUGGAUAAGAAAAAGUUGCUGUUCUCACGUUACAAGUCUGGGGAGCAAUAGACCCUCAUCCUCUGUGCCUGAAAGAGUGUGUUGUCACUGAGCAUCUGAGCCUGAGUGUCAGCCUCCGUGUGUCUGUCCUUCUCCUGCUGCCUUAUCCAACGAGGGGUCAUACGCUGCUCACCUGUCCGCCCCAUGAUUAAACCGAUUUACAGGCCAGCGUCUCCCUGGAGGACCUGGAACUCUGAGGCGUUCCUAGCCACGUGCUGCUUUAAACCCGUUGCCGUCGAGUCAGUUUUGACUGUAGCAACCUUAUAGGACAGGGUAGAACUGCCCCACGAUUUCCCAGGCUGCAAAUCUUUACAGAAGCAGACUGCCUCAUUUUUCUCCUGCAGAGCGGCUGGUGGGUUUGAACCGCUGACCUUUCGAUUAAUAGCUGAGCGCUUAACCACUGUGCCACCAGUGCUCCUUUGUACUUCUGUAGCCUAAGGGAAAUUCUUAAAAUGGCUGAUGAGUGCCAAACACCAACUUCUGACUCGAUAUCCUUCCUUUUAGAGGUGGGUUUUGGGGAAGGGCCAGAAUUUUUUCCUGAACCUCAAGCCCAUCAACCAUUGACUUGCCUUCUCCUGGGUUGGGAAAGCCUUCAGCCUAGCCCAGAAGGAAAGGAAGGGUCACCUUGGCUGGGUGGAGGUUUCUGUUUUCUAGAGCCUUCUUAUAUCCUUCCCCAUGUCUUAAGCAUCACGGGCUGGAGUGCUCUCCUGCAUGUGGGAUUAAAGUGGGCCAAGACUGAGGGGAACCUCCUUCCACCUUGCCUACAACAGCAGAGAAGCGCUGGAUGCCGCAGGAUAGACUGACCUGUAGCUUGGUGUUACGACUAGGUGGAACAAAAGAUCAAACGGCUGUCUGUCUCUUUUGAGUUCAAGGGGAGAUUGGAUGGGUCUGUGUGGUUGGAGGACCUAGGUGGGUGCUUGAGGUGGCCGAGGCAGUGUGGAAGAGAGGGAGUUCUCAUCGGACUGUGUGUGUAAGAAAGAAAUCAAGCCCAUGGAUUUUGUAUGAUUCCAGCUCAUGAACUCCUGGAGAGUUUAAAGAGGGCAGGGAAUACAUGAAAUACCGUCUCUACCCUGUCUGGGGAUGCUCUUACAAAAAUAUGUGGCAUAAGAAAUCUUGAUCUAGCAUUGUAUAUCCUGCCCAGCUCUUGCUUUUUGUUCUAGAAACAAAGUCCCCCUUUGUGAAUAGGGAACCCUGGUG